GCUGUGGUCAUGAGCCUCAAGCCGCACUAAUGGUCCCUGCGAGCCUCCUCCGGCGGCCUCCCCAGGGCCCGCCCCGGCUCCUGGCCCCCGCCUUGGAGACUCUGAGGUUUCAUGAGCAGCGGAGCUCGCGCCAGAGUGCAGUGGACACGGAGAGGCCACAAGACGAAGCCACAGCACGGCCGGUCAGGCCCAGCAGAGGACGCGGCCCCAGACAGGCCAGAGUGUGGGAGCUGCCCUCACAAGGGCACCAGCCUGGAAAGUGUCCGGCCUCUCCAGAGACUGUGUCAGAAGGGCCGUCCUGACUCCCAGGUGCCUGCGGGAAACAUCACACGGGAACAGGCAGGAUCUGCAGAGGGCGCCAUGAAGUCAGGCCUGGGGGCCGCUUCCGGCAGGGCUGCAGCGCACAACUGGACGCAGGUGGAGGUGUUCGUCCUUCAGGGCUUCUCCGAGCACCCUGAGCUGCGGCUGCCCCUGCUGGGCUGCUUCCUGGCCCUGUAUGGCCUGGCGCUGGCGGGCAACGCCGUCAUCCUUGUGCUGAUCAGCUGCAGCGCCAGCCUGCGCAGCCCCAUGUACUUCUUCCUGUUCAACCUGGCCUCCAUGGACGUCAUCUGCACCUCGUCCGUGGUGCCCAAGACGCUGGUGGGCCUGGUGUCGGAGACGGAGAACACCAUCUCCUUCCAGGGGUGCAUGGCCCAGCUCUUCUUCCUCCUCUGGUCCCUGUCCGGAGAGCUGCUGCUGCUCACAGUCAUGGCCUAUGACCGCUACGUGGCCAUCUGCCACCCGCUGCACUACAGCUCCAUCAUGAGCCCACAGCUGUGUGGGGUGCUGGCUGCAGCCGUCUGGGCCAUCUGUGCCGUCAAUGCUUCGGUGCACACCGGGUUGAUGGCGCGUCUCACCUUCUGUGGUCUCAACAUCAUCUCGCACUUCUUCUGUGAGAUCCCCUCCCUGCUACUGCUCUCCUGCAGCUCCACCCUCAUCAACAGCAUCAUGACGAUUUUGGCUGAUGCCUUCUACGGGGUCAUCAACUUCCUGCUCACGCUGGGGUCCUACGGCUGCAUCAUCGCCAGCAUCCUGCGCAUCCGCUCGGCUGAGGGCAAGCGUCGAGCGUUUUCUACUUGCUCCUCCCAUCUGCUGGUGGUCACUUUCUACUACUCAGCUGUGUUCUGUGCCUAUAUCAACCCGGGGUCCAGCUACAGUCCUGAGAGAAACAAAUUGUUUGGAAUACUGUACACUAUGCUCGGCCCCGCCUUGAACCCCCUCAUCUACUCUCUGAGAAACGCUGAGGUCAAGCAGGCCCUGAGGAGACUCCUUAACCUCUGCAGAUGCUAACACCACGUGCAAGCCCUUCUUCCAGUUGGCUUUCCCCCCCAACCCCCUGGGUCUCCCUGAGACCAGUCUUGUAGAUGUGAGACCAGCCAGCCCCUCUCAGUUAGCAUAAGCAUAGGCACUGGCCAUGCUAGCUGAGCCAGGACACCUGGACACCCAGGAAGCCUCAACUGGAUCUGAGGCGGGUUUGUGCUCAUGCACCCAGGACAGGCCCUAGGUUUGGUCACCCAAGCUAUGAGCUUCAUAGGUGUUUUGUCUUGAUUGGGAAAAGCCCCUAACCUGAGACUAAUAACA